CAGCCAUCGCGUUCCGCAUCGAACCAGCACAUCGCAAGACAAGCAGCAGCAGCCACCACUGCCAUCACAUGGAGUACGCCGCCGUCGGCUACGGCUACGGGUACGGGUACGACGAGCGCCAGGAGCCGGCGGAGUCCGCGGACGGCGGCGGCGGCGGCGACGACGAGUACGCGACGGUGCUGUCGGCGCCACCCAAGCGGCCGGCGGGGCGGACCAAGUUCCGGGAGACGCGGCACCCCGUGUACCGCGGCGUGCGGCGGCGCGGGCCCGCGGGGCGCUGGGUGUGCGAGGUCCGCGAGCCCAACAAGAAGUCGCGCAUCUGGCUCGGCACCUUCGCCACCCCCGAGGCCGCCGCGCGCGCGCACGACGUGGCCGCGCUGGCCCUGCGGGGCCGCGCCGCGUGCCUCAACUUCGCCGACUCGGCGCGCCUGCUCCAGGUCGACCCCGCCACGCUCGCCACCCCCGACGACAUCCGCCGCGCCGCCAUCCAGCUCGCCGACGCCGCCUCGCAGCAGGAUGAGACUGCCGCCGUUGCCGCUGACGUGGUCGCGCCCUCGCAGGCGGACGACGUCGCCGCCGCCGCCGCCGCCGCGGCGGCGAUGUACGGCGGCGGCAUGGAGUUCGACCACUCGUAUUGCUACGACGACGGGAUGGUGAGCGGGAGCAGCGACUGCUGGCAAAGCGGCGCCGGCGCCGGCGGAUGGCAUAGCAUCGUGGACGGCGACGACGACGACGGCGCCAGCGACAUGACGCUCUGGAGCUACUGAGCUGUAGAGUCUGUCUCCAGCGCAGGAGGUUGGGAGAGGAGAGACCACGCUAUGGAGCUACUACUGGACUGGGAAGAAAGUGGGGGUGCCGGGAGCGAGUUCGAAUUUGAAUUCAGAAACUCUGUACUGGCACUGGCACACGCGGGGAACGCGCCACGCAAGGGCGAGCGCUAUUUCCCUCCCUUUUUGGGUGCUGGGAGAAUAAUAAAAAGACCAACAAUGAAGGCAUUAGUACUACACUUUGUGCGAACUUGAAUUAGGCCUUGUUCGUUUGUGCCGGUUUGGUGGGUCGGAACGAUUUCUAGUCUGAUUAAUUUAGGUCUUAUUCGUUUGUGUCGGAUUGGUGGGUCGGAACGAUUUCUAACCGGAUUACUUCUCUAAUUUAUAUAAACUUUGAUUAACUGGAA